UGAAAUCUUUUUCAGUUUACCCAUCUUCGUUGGUGGCCGAAGAAGAAGGACAACCAUUUUUAUCUUCGAAUGACGCUUGAAGGGUGAUGCAUCUCAACCAGAAGUUAAAGAUCCGUUAUGCAAUUUAUUGAUCUCAGUCAUGACACUUGAUUUGUCUCGCUUUAUCGCACUUGGACGACGAAGAUGAUGAUGGGAUUAUACUCGGACGAUUCAGGCACUUCAUUUUCAACGAUUCUGACCGUUUGAUGGUUCAUCUCCCAGGAUUCCAAAUCGGUGAGAAAUUUGAGCGCCUCUAGUCGGAAACAACCGUUACAUACAAAAGGUCCGUAACGAGACAGUAUCUACCAAGUGUCCUCACCACAUAAACACACAUCCUUGCAAAGCUGCCAACGCAUAGCACGAUUUCUCUAUGCUCAAGACAUCCUCAAUCAUCACCGUCAAACAAAUCACGGUAACACAUUCCACAUUCUUCUUCCGCCACGUCAUUUUCUCUCACCUCCUUAUAUCACCUCCGCUCCCUUCUCCCCAUUCACAAUCUUUCAUCUUUCAAUCAACCAUCAUGUCUGAUCAUCCAAGGUCUAUGAGCCCCCAUGAGUUCUACGACCGAGCACCCACCUCAUACCGGACGGUGAAGUUUUUUAUGGCCACUGCAAUAGGUGCAUCACUGUUAUUUUUAUCAGGUCUAACCGUAACCGGCACCGUGAUAGCUCUAAUUCUGGCAACUCCAUUACUAGUCCUGUUUAGUCCAAUUCUAGUCCCGGCUGGGAUAGCGAUUUUCCUAGCUACUGUGGGGUUCUUGUUCUCCGGCGGGUGCGGCUUGACGGCGAUAACGUUGUUAUCGUGGGUAUGCGGCUUCGUAACGGGGAAGCACCCACCGGGGGCUGACCAGCUGGAUUAUGCUAGGAUGAAGAUAGCUGACAAGGCUAGGGAUAUGAAGGAGAGGGCGAAGGAGUACGGACUGUAUAUGCAACACAAGGCUCAAGAGGCUGCUCAGAGUUACUGAGUUUCUUUUUCUUCUGUUUUGAUGUUGAUCUUCUUCUUCAUCCUUAUUCUUCCUUCAUGCAUGCAUGUUUAAUCUAUGUAGUGCCUGUUUGGUUAUGGUUUUGUAUUUGCUUGAGUUUGAGUUGGUUUUGUGACCGAUCAGGAUUUUCAGGUUGUGAUGGUCUGUGCAUUUCAAUGUUAUUGUUGGAUUCAGCUUAA